AUGCAAAAAACGCACAACAAAGGUGGUUAUUUCAGCUCACGUUUUCCGGAAGAUGCAUCACUCGAUGUUGCUCUGGUAAUGAGUAAGUCCGAUUGGAAGAUUGUGUCUAUCACGUACAAUGUCAAUAGCAGAAAGCCAGAGAGCGAUCAGAUCAGUCAGCUUAUACGAGAAGAGGAUGCAAGUGCUGCAACGAUUAUUGCAAUUGGAUUACAGGAGCUCUCUCAUUCGGAAUUGUUUGGUACAGUGCCGACUGAGGCUACUUGGUUAUCAGUGCUCACGGCAUGGUUGAGUUCACAUGGCAAAUCGCUUCUUUGCAAGACUUCGCUUGCAUGGAAUUUAUUGCUGGUUUUUGCUCCGCUGGAAAUAUUUCCUUUGGUGACGAAAAUAGAUUCCAGGCAGUCACGGUCCAGUUUAGGGGGCCUCACUGGUCACAAAGGCAGUGUGUCGCUGAGGAUCAAAUUUAAAGUAAGCGAUGUAUUUUUGUUAUUGAUUGUUUCGAUUUCUUCACCUUUUGUUACUCCAUGA